CUAAGAAAUGCAGUAGGGAUUUUGCUCCAUUUUUUCCCAGAGACCCAGCCAGGUGUCUCAGUAUUGUUUAGGAGUCUCUUCCCUUACUUUCACAUCUACUGUAAUCUGGGACACACUAUUUUUUUUCACCACUCUCACUACUUCUAGACACCUUAGGUCUAUUGUGGUUGAUAAUGCUGAGAUGAUAAUACUUGAUUUCAGAGCUUGAAGAAGUGGGUGGUGCAUUAUGGAUCCCGAAGGAACCAGCUUCCCUCAGUCUAGCCUGGAGGGGUGGUGAGGGGAAGGAUAGCGAGAAGACGGUGGGGAUCAGGGAUGGUGCAACCUUCCUUGAGCAGGACCCAGGUCUUUUGGGGCACCAUAGGAAACUGUUGACUUGAAUAUCUGUCUAUCCAGUUCUUUGUUUUCAACCUCCAGGGCUCUGGGGAUGUCAAAUAUCACCUGGGCAUGUACCACGAGAGAAUCAAUCGGGCCACAAAUAGGAAUAUCACUUUGUCACUUGUGGCCAAUCCCUCCCACCUAGAGGCUGUAAACCCUGUGGUGCAAGGAAAGACAAAGGCUGAGCAGUUCUACCGUGGGGACUCAGAGGGCAAGAAGAUCAUGUCCAUUCUAGUACAUGGGGAUGCUGCCUUUGCUGGUCAGGGAGUGGUCUACGAGACCUUCCACCUGAGCGACCUGCCCUCUUAUACCACCAACGGUACUGUGCACAUCGUUGUCAACAACCAGAUUGGCUUCACCACAGACCCCCGAAUGGCUCGCUCCUCACCAUAUCCCACAGACGUGGCCCGUGUGGUUAAUGCACCCAUCUUCCACGUGAACUCAGAUGACCCAGAGGCAGUGAUAUAUGUAUGCAGUGUGGCAGCUGAGUGGAGGAACACCUUCAACAAAGAUGUCGUUGUAGACCUGGUUUGCUACCGCCGGCGUGGCCACAAUGAGAUGGAUGAGCCCAUGUUCACACAGCCGCUCAUGUACAAGCAGAUCCACAGGCAGGUGCCUGUGCUGAAGAAGUAUGCAGAUAAGCUCAUUGCUCAGGGCAUCGUCACCCUUCAGGAAUUUGAGGAAGAAAUUGCCAAGUAUGACAGAAUCUGUGAGGAGGCUUAUGGCAGAUCCAAGGACAAAAAGAUCCUGGAUAUCAAACACUGGCUGGACUCUCCUUGGCCAGGCUUUUUCAACAUGGAUGGAGAGCCUAAGAGCAUGACAUGCCCAGCCACCGGCAUUCCUGAGGACAUGCUGACCCACAUCGGCACUGUGGCCAGUUCUGUGCCCCUGGAGGGCUUCAGAAUCCACCCAGGUCUUUCUCGUAUCCUGCGGGGUCGGGCAGACAUGACCAAGAAGCAGAUGGUGGACUGGGCACUGGCAGAGUACAUGGCCUUCGGCUCUCUCCUGAAGGAGGGCAUCCAUGUCCGGCUGAGUGGGCAGGAUGUGGAGAGAGGCACGUUCAGCCACCGGCACCAUGUUCUCCAUGACCAGGAUGUUGACCGGAGGACAUGCGUACCCAUGAACCACCUCUGGCCUGACCAGGCACCCUACACUGUAUGCAACAGCUCUCUCUCGGAAUAUGGGGUCCUGGGCUUUGAGCUCGGCUAUGCCAUGGCCAGUCCUAAUGCCCUGGUCCUCUGGGAGGCUCAGUUUGGUGACUUCCACAACACAGCCCAGUGCAUCAUCGACCAGUUCAUCAGCACUGGCCAAGCCAAGUGGGUGCGGCACAAUGGCAUCGUACUGCUGUUACCCCAUGGCAUGGAGGGCAUGGGCCCAGAGCACUCUUCGGCCAGGCCUGAGAGGUUCCUGCAGAUGAGCAAUGAUGACUCAGAUGCCUACCCUGCAUUCACUGAGGAUUUCGAGGUGAGCCAGCUAUAUGACUGCAACUGGAUUGUGGUUAACUGCUCCACACCAGCCAGCUAUUUCCAUGUUCUACGCCGGCAGAUCUUGCUGCCCUUUCGAAAACCUCUGAUCAUCUUCACACCCAAAUCUCUGCUGAGGCACCCAGACGCCAAGUCCAGCUUUGACCAGAUGGUAUCUGGGACCAGCUUCCAGCGAGUGAUCCCUGAGGAUGGGCCUGCAGUGCGGGCUCCAGAGCAGGUACGGCGCCUCAUCUUCUGCACAGGCAAGGUGUACUAUGAUCUGGUGAAGGAGCGGAGCAGCCAGGGCUUGGAAGGGCAAGUGGCCAUCACACGCCUGGAACAGAUAUCUCCAUUCCCCUUUGACCUGAUCAAGCAGGAAGCAGAGAAGUAUCAAGGUGCAGAGCUGGUCUGGUGCCAGGAGGAGCACAAGAACAUGGGCUACUAUGACUACAUCAGUCCACGCUUUAUGACCAUCCUGAGCCGCGCACGGCCCAUCUGGUAUGUUGGCCGUGACCCAGCAGCUGCACCAGCUACAGGAAAUAGGAACACUCACCUGGUGUCACUGAAGAAGUUUCUAGACACUGCUUUCAAUCUUCAGGCCUUUGAGGGCCAGACAUUUUAGGGGUUGGCAAAGCCUGCUGUGGUCUUACCAUGGGGGUGGCUAGAGCUGAGGGGGCUGGGGUGGCAUGGCUUCUUAGGCCCAGUGAUACAAUUAAGUCACUCAGUGAUUGAGACCUGAGAGCUUGUGUCCACAGUAUGCCAACUUUGGCCUUCAGGUAUGUUUCAGAAUCUAUUAGGAUUGAGAAAACCAGAGUGGUCUGAGAGAUAGCGUUUCAGUUCCAGAGUGUUCUCCAGCUACCGUGGUGUGUGUAAGUAAUUGAUGCUACAUCUCUAGUUAAUCUCUGUGAACACAGCCACUAGCAAGCCCAUUUCUUUGGGCUCACUCAUCCUGAAAGAUUCAACUCUGUCUCCCCCUUUCUUAGUUUAUCUGUAGAUUCAAAGGAAUGCUUUUGUGCUCUUAGAAAUAGAGAUUUCAGCAAUAACAGCCAGGUGACAUAAAAUUGUGCUUGGAUGAUUUAUAUGUGCUGUUUGUUGGGGUGUGUUAAUAAGAUAUAUCAGCUUCCAUGUAAAAUACAGCCAUAGCUCAUGUGUACCAAAGUAGAAAACCAAAUAACAGAGAAAUAAACAAUUCAUAAGGGAUUUUCAUGUUCUAUAGUAGGCAGUGGGGUGAUGGUUUCAAAUAUGGUGUUGGAUAGGAAGAUAAAAACAACCUGUAGCAGAUAAAAUAUUUGCCUCAGGAUACAAAAUGUAUAUGAGUUGUUAAAAUGUAAAACUGCUCUGUAAACCUUCACCCAAUUCACAAUAAAAUUAUUUUAUAAAAAUG